UGUUUGUACUGACCAUAGUGCAUCAACGUCCAAGAAAAUGAAAAAUAUAAACCCCUCAGAAAAGGGGAACAAUAAAUUCUUUUAGUUAUAGCUAUACACAAAUAAAGAUAAGCACACGAGUAAUAAUAGCACAAAAGUAAUGAUAAUAGAUGAUAAUAUAAAAACAAUAACAAUACGAAAAUAAUAAUAAUACACACACAAAAAGAAACACCAACACAAACAUUAAGAUUAAGACAAAUAGACAAUUUAAUUAUAAGAAUCUACAAUUUCAUGUACAUUUAAUCCUUUUCUGACGCUACAAGCGCGUCUACAAUCUACGUGGCGACAACCCUCCAUAUUUUCAAAUAUGAUGCACCGGUUGUCCCCUUACAACAAGGUACCGUCUGGAGGACCAAUGGCGUCUUCAAACUGGCUCACGUCAUCAAUCUAGGCCGCAUGCAGCAGCUCAUCGACCAGGUAGCAAACGAGGCUGCGCUUUGGUUGGCCACUAUCUGCAGCGCGCUUCGGAUGGAACCUCGCGCAUGGAUAGCGCACCAACGCGGAGACAACGCUCAAUCGAUUGGCUAGGAUCAGCCUGGAAGUGGGUCUUGGGAUCACCGGACAAAUCGGAUUGGAAUGCCAUCUUGAAAGAGGAGGACAGCCUGAAGCUGAACUUGCCAACUAGGAAAGACUGGAGUGGUCAACACGAAUCUCUUGGAUCACGACGAGAUCAAUAUGAUAUUGGCGGAGGUGGACAGCCUGCCUUAUCAAAACGUCGUUGAGGCAGUCGAAUUUUCCAGACCUACAAUCCUUACAAACGGGACUACUCUUUUGUACAUCCUGGCGAUGCCCAAAAUAGUAGAGAGGAAGUACCGAUUGAUGAGGAUCUACCCAACGACAUCCGACGGUAAACAAGUUGUGCUAAAAUACACCACACUGGCGAUGGACAGCCUGGAAACAUACGCCCUUCUCGGAAAUUGUGUAUCCAUUGGUAACACAGCAGUCUGCCGAGAAAAGGACUUGCUUAAAUUGGAGGAGGACAGUUGCAUACCCAGACUAUUGAAAGGAGGCCAAGCCGAAUGUGACUACCUGAGGACCAACCAGGAAACAGUGGAGCUCAUCGACGACUUGAAUUUGUACCCCUGACCAGCCAAGACCUAUCAUCUUAAGCAAUAAAACCAAUUGUAUCGUUUAAAAACGUUUACCUUUUUUAUU